UCUCCCUGUUCUUCCUUUAUUUUUUUUCUCGUCGGACCUUUCCCCUUCUCCUCCUGCACUUACAUUAACCCAAUCUUCCAGCUGAUUUUCUUCCUCAUUGUCUUCUCUCCGAACCUAUGUAAUUAUAUGUAGGUCAACUAUUUAGCUUUCCUGAGGUUUCAUUUAUUUCCCCCAUCGACAACCACCAACCUCCCCACUGCUUCUCCCUCUCGCCCCGAUCCCUGUACAAGUUAUCUCUCCUUUCUGCUUGUGCUCAUUCAGCUGCGUUGCCAUUUACGGAGCGUUCGUCCGGGUCUAUUCCAGGAGACAGCUGGAGGGGAGCCCCUGGGUGACGUCACCUAAUUGACAGCUCACCUGGCCACCCACCCGCCGGAAAGAGGAGCGAUAAACUCCCGGGCAGGGACCUGAUUGAUCUGCAAUCAGAGCAGGAAACGGGGCGGUGCUUCCGCCAGCAGGUUGCUCAAAGGCUGUGGGCAGUUCAUAGCCGGAGACUGGGCUGGAAGUCGGUGCAGUGGAACUUGAUGCUGCAAUCGAGAACGCCUGCAAACCUGGCAGGGGGCAACAACAAUAAAAAUCAGCCAAUUCUCAACCUUUUUGCUGAAGUAUCUGUUGUAGUUCAGUUUGCAUCUCAUAGAAACCUUGGUGGUAAAGUGAGAGGGGAAAGCACAUUAAGUAUUUCAAAAAGUUAACCCCAUGGCCGUGUGUGAAAGUUUGCAGCGGAGAGGGCACGUUGCAUCUCCAAGUUUGCAUGUAGCCCAGGCUAGGUUGCUGGUGCUACUGGCUCUGACUGUCACAGGUAGCGCAAUGGGGCAGGAGAGUUUCGAUAGCCUCGAACUUUAUUACGGGUUCGGGUCAGGACCAUCCGACGACUCGAUCCUCCUCGCCAAUAACGGCAUCCGUGUGCCUUUCGGCCGAUCGGUGGACAUCGACCCGGUCAACGAUCUGGUCAUCCAGGUGCACCCGGGCGACAAGUGCACCGUCACCGUGCUGGACAACGACCCGCUGUCACAGAGGCCGGGCCAGCUGACUCCCAAGAAGUUCCCCUGCGACUUCGGGAGCGACGAGGUGAAGUACUCGCACUUUGGCUCCCGGAGCCCGUCCACCGACCGGGUGAAGCUGCAGCUGAGGUACGACACGCAGACCGACACGCUGGUGGUCCCGUUCAUGCUGGAGGUGGAGGUGGUUUUCACCCAGCUGGAGAUCAUCACCCGCAACAUGCCGCUCACCGUCGAGAAGCUGCUAGGCACAAGCAACGCGCUCGACUCCAAGGUGCUGGAGUUCAGCUACGACCGCGCCUCGCAGCGCUGCAAGCUGACCCCGCUGCCCGGAGCCGGCGGCCUGCCCCGCUACGGGCGGCUGCUGCGCGCUGACCAGCCGGCCCAGAGCCUGGCCUGUGACCAGCUGGUCAGCUCGGACCUCCGAUACCGGCACACGGCCCGCAGCCGCUCGCCCAACCGCGACUAUAUCCCCAUGGUGGCCGAGCUGCACGACCUCCAGGGCAACCUGCUGAAGCAGGAGUACUUCCAGAUCCUGGUGCGCAUCCGAGAGGGCGCCGAGAACACGCCGCCCAAGCCCAGCUUCGUGGCCAUGAUGAUGAUGGAGGUGGAUCAGUUCGUGCUGACAGCCAUCACGCCCGACAUGCUGGCGGCCGAGGACGCCGAGUCGGAGGCGGGAGACCUGAUCUUCAACAUCACCUCGCCGGCCGGCCAUGAGCAGGUGUCCAUCGUCAGCACCGACGACCAGAACCUGCCCAUCGCCUCCUUCCGUCAGCGAGACCUGCAGGAGCUGAGGAUCGCCUACCGGCCGCCGGCCGACGACUCGGACGUCGAGAGGAUCUUCCAGAUCGAGUUCGAGGUGGUGGACACCGAGGGCGCCGUGUCCGAGCCCUUCGCCUUCAUGGUGGUGGUGAAGCCCAUGAACACGUUGGCGCCCGUGGUCACCCGCAACGCCGGUCAGCUGCUGUACGAGGGCCAGUCCCGGCCGCUGACCAGCCCGCGCAACCUGCAGGUCAGCGACGAGGACAACCUGGAGGAGGUGAGGAUCACGGUGGUGGACGGCCUGAGGCACGGCACGCUGACCGUGCUGGGGGCGCCCAGGAAGUUCUUCACGCCCGCCGACCUGCAGGCGGGCGCCGUCAUCUACCAGCACGACGGCAGCGAUACUUACAGCGACAACAUCAUCCUCCGCAUGAGCGAUGGCGCGCACGACGUCGAGUUCCUCUUCCCCAUCACCAUCGUGCCGACUGACGACGAGCCGCCCGUGGUCAACGCCAACACCGGCCUGCUGCUGGCCGAGCGCCAGAUGGUGCCCGUGUCGCCCUCCGUGCUCAGCGCCACCGACAUCGACUCCGAGGACUCGACCAUCCGCUUCACGGUGGAGCCGCCGCUGUCGCGGGUGGGAGAGCUGGUCCUCCGGCAGACCGAGCAGCCGCUGGACCCCUUCUCCUGGCGGUUCGUCGAGAGCCAGCGCGCCUUCGAGAAGGUGGCCCUGGAGUGGUCCCAGCAGGACAUCCUGGACGGCAGGCUCUUCUACAGGCACACCGGUCCCCACAGCACCACCACCGUCAUGGACCAGGUUGUCUUCCGAGUGCAGGAUGACAACGACCCGCCCAAUCAGUCGGGCGAGCACACGUUCUUCAUAAAAAUUCAACCAGUUGAUGACAUCCCGCCCGAAAUGCAUCCAGGAACUACUUUACAGAUGGUGGUAGAAGAGUACCGCUUGACGUACUUUCGGAGGAAGUUUCUGCGUUACACUGACCUGGAUUCAGAUGACAGGGAUUUGAAGUACACGGUUACAAAGCCCCCCACCGACACUGACGAGAACAACCCCGUGCAAAUGGGCAACAUAGUGCUGACUGAGAGUCCCACCACUUUAGUGACGGAGUUCACUCAGGCUCAGGUCAAUCAUCACAAAAUUGCCUACAAGCCUCCAGACGUGGAACUUGGAAUUACUCCUCACGUUGUUCAGUUCGAUUUCACGGUGGAAGACACGGCUGGAAACAGCGCCGAGGGGACGUGUACAAUCUUUCUCCAGCCUGUUGAUAACAAGCCACCGCAAAUAACCAACACUGGCUUUACAAUGUUUGAAAGGGACACGUACGUAAUCACAAGUGCUGAAUUGGAUGCCACAGAUGCGGAUACGGAUGGACCACAGAUCACUUUUACACUUUCUCAGCUGCCAAAACAUGGUCAACUGCAGUAUGCUGGCGUUGGUAUAAAUGAAGGAGAAGCGUUUAAUCUAAACGAUAUAGCUAACGGGAAAAUAGCGUAUGUGCACAAUGGUGAUGAAUCUACUAGGGAUUAUUUGAAAAUUGAUGUAAGUGAUGGAGUCCAUACUGUUACCAUCAAUGUUAAAAUAACAGUACGCCCAGUUGAUGAUGAAGUGCCAACUAUUAUGUUGCCAGCUGGUACUAUUGGAUCAAACUUAGAUGUAUUGGAAAGUGGAGCUACUGAAAUAACAACUAAUGUUAUCCAAGGAACAGAUGAAGACACAGAUGAUCUUAGAUUGACUUUCAUUGUUGAGGACCAACCAAAACUAGGAGAGAUCUUGGUUAAUGGAAUUCCUGCAGAAAGAUUUACACAACAAGAUAUAAUCAAUGGCGUUGUGAUUUAUACACAUACAAGUGGUGAGAUAGGAUUACAGAGAAAAGAAGAUUCUUUUAAUUUGACUCUUACUGACAUGUCUGAUGAGUGGAACGUUGGAGGGAAUAAGGUACAAGGUGUUCGUGUACAGGUGACCAUCCUUCCUGUUGACAGUCAGGCUCCAAACGUUAUUGUAGGGAAGCAGUACACUGUGGUUGAAGGUGAGAAAAAUGCACUCACGCUGAACAAUAUAAGAGCGGAAGAUUUUGAUACUCCUGAUGAUGAUAUUCUCUGUACGAUUAUUGUCCAACCAACUUCAGGCUAUGUAGAGAACAUUUCACCAGCUCCUGGGUCUGAAACAUCUCGUGCAGGAACUGCCAUCACUGCUUUCACUCUUAAAGAGAUACGUCUUGGACAUAUUAAUUAUGUGCAGAGUAUUCACAAAACUGUUGAACCAGUGGAAGAUAGGUUUACAUUCCGCUGCUCAGAUGGAAUUAACUUCUCGCAAAGACACUUUUUCCCCAUCAUUAUAAUUCCUGCAAAUGAUGAGAAACCAGAAAUUUUCAUGAGGGAGUUUGUUGUCAUGGAGGGUAUGAGUCUUGUUAUUGACACUCCCAUUCUCAAUGCCGCAGAUGGCGAUAUCCCUGCCAAUGAAUUAACUUUCACCAUCAUUAACCAACCAAAGCAUGGUCAGAUAGUAAAUCAGCUGACCACAGGUACUGUCCUUGUUGACAGCUUUACUUUAGAUGAGAUCAGAGAAGGUUCCAGCAUUGUUUAUGAGCAUGAUGAUUCUGAAACGAAGGAAGACAGUUUUGACAUUCAACUAACUGAUGGGAAAUACAGCGUUGAAAAAACAGUAAUUAUAAUGGUCAUCCCACUUGAUGAUGAGACUCCAAGAAUGACAAUAAAUGAUGGAUUAGAAAUUGAGAUCGGCGAAACAAAAACGAUAAAUAAUAAAAUUCUUAAAGCCACAGACCUGGAUUCAGAUGACAAAACACUUGUUUACAUCAUACGUUAUGGACCAAAUCAAGGUCUCUUGAAACAUCUUCUCCCUUCUGGGAAAUUUGUAAACAUUACAGAAGGAAUGAACUUCACCCAGGAUGAUGUUGACAAGAACUUGAUUCAGUACACUCAUACAGGCCAGGAAGGUAUUCGUGAUCUCAUCAAGUUCGACGUAACAGAUGGCAUUAAUCCACUCAUUGAUCGUUACUUUUACGUCACUAUUGGUGGCAUUGACAUGAUCUUCCCAGAUGUGGUUAGCAAAGGAGUCUCUUUGAAGGAAGGUGGAAAAGUAACUCUUACAACAGAUUUACUUAGCACAACUGAUUUGAAUAGCCCUGAUGAAAAUCUGCUUUUCAGCAUUACCCGAGCACCCAUCCGCGGACAUCUAGAAUGCACAGAUAAGACAGGAGUACCUAUCACAACGUUCACACAGCUUCAGCUAGCUGGUAACAAAAUUUACUACAUCCACACGUCCGAUGACGAGGUGAAAAUGGACAGCUUUGAAUUUGAAGUUACAGAUGGUUACAAUCCUGUGUUUCGCACUUUCAGGAUCUCCAUCAGUGAUGUCGACAACAAAAAACCUGUGCUUACUUUGCAUGAGUUGGUGGUGAAUGAGGGAGAAGUGAAACUAAUUACCCCCUUUGAACUGACUGUUGAAGACAGAGACACACCUGAUCAUUUGCUACGAUUUACCGUGACACAACUACCAGUUCAUGGACAGCUGUUAUUCAACCGCACAUCACCUGUUACAUCUUUUACAAAGCAGGACUUGAAUGAAAACCUCAUCAGUUACAAGCAUGAUGGGACUGAAUUUUCCGAGGAUAGCUUUUCUUUCACAGUGACCGAUGGCACGCAUACGGACUUCUAUGUCUUCCCAGACACUGUCUUUGAAACUCGAAAGCCACAGAUGAUGAGAAUACGGACAAUGUCAAUUGACAAUGGAGUACCUCAGAUUAUUGUGAAUAAGGGUGCUCCCACUCUUCGUGGACUUGCCAUGGGACACCUUGGGUUUAUGAUUACAAGCAAAGCUCUGAAGGCUGAAGAUCGUGACAGUGUGAAUAGUGUUCUAAAGUUCAAGAUAGUGGAAGGUCCUGAACAUGGAUACCUUAUCCACAUGGGCAAAGGGAAUGACAGCAUUACUGGAUUCACUCAAGGUGAUGUUAAUGACAUGAAAAUCUGCUAUGUGUUGAAAGAAGGAAUCAAUGCAACAAGUGACAUUUUCCACUUCUCAGUUGAGGACAGUGGUGGUAAUAAGCUGAAGAAUCAGCUUUUCCGUUUGAACUGGGCUUGGAUUUCUCUGGAGAAGGAGUAUUAUCUAAUAGAUGAGAAUUCUAAAUUUCUGGAGAUUACUCUGAAGCGCAGAGGCUAUCUUGGAGAAACUUCUUUUGUUGGCAUUGGCACAAAAGAUGGCACAGCUGAGAAGGAUAAGGAUUUCAGGGGAAAAUCCCAAAAGCAGGUGCAGUUCAAUCCAGGUCAAUCCACAGCAACUUGGAGGGUACUGAUUUUGACAGAUAAUGAAUACGAACAGUCUGAAACAUUCCAGAUUGUACUGUCGGAGCCAGUAAUGGCUGUUCUGGAAUUCCCGGAGAUUGCAACCGUGGAGAUUGUUGACCCGGGUGAUGAGUCGACUGUCUUCAUCCCCCAAUCCUCCUAUGCCAUUGAUGAAGAUGUUGGAGAGCUGUUGAUUCCUGUGAUGAGAACAGGAGAUAUAAGUCAGGAGCUGAUGGUUAUGUGUUUCACUCAACAAGGCACUGCGACUGGAACUAUACCAUCCAGUGUGUUGUCAUACUCUGAUUAUAUCACACGUCCAGAAGAUCACAAGAGUGUCAUCCGUUUUGAUAAGGAUGAAACUGAAAAGUGGUGUCAUGUGGUCAUCAUUGAUGAUUCCUUAUAUGAAAAUGAGGAGACCUUUAAUGUCACAUUGAGCAUGCCCAUGGGGGGCAGAUUAGGAGUAUACCCAAGUGCUCAGAUUUUCAUUGUACCAGAUGCAAAUGACGAACCAGUUUUUUACUUCGGCGAUACUGAAUAUCAGGUAGAUGAAAGUGAAGGCUAUGUGGAAGUCCAGGUCUGGCGAACAGGAACUGAUUUGUCCAAGACUGCAACAGUGACAGUUCGAUCCCGCAAAACUGAGCCAGCAUCAGCCGAAGCUGGUGUUGAUUAUGUAGGGAUAAGCCGCAACCUGGAUUUUGCUCCUGGAGUGAACAUGCAGACUUUUCGAGUUACCAUCCUUGAUGAUUUAGGUCAACCAGUACUGGAAGGGCCAGAAAGAUUUGAGCUUGUCCUGCGCAUGCCAAUGAAUGCUGUCCUUGGAGAGCCAAGCAAAGUCACUGUUCUCAUUAAUGACUCUGUCUCUGAUUUGCCAAAAGUGCAGUUCAAAGAUUCUACAUAUGUGGGGAAGGAGAAUGAUGGUCAAGUCACAGCAGUUGUUUACCGAAGUGGAGACAUCAGCUAUAAGUCCACAGUUCGGUGCUAUACACGCCAGGCAUCUGCUCAGGUCAUGAUGGAUUUUGCUGAACGGCCAAACACAGACGACUCUGUCAUUACAUUUCUUCCAGGUGAAAUUGAGAAACCCUGCACUGUAACUUUAAGUGAUGACACAAUACAUGAAGAAGUUGAGGAGCUGAGACUGGUUCUUGGAACUCCAAAGAGCGAGUCCCCAUUUGGUGCUUCAAUUGGUGAAGUAAACGAAACAGUGAUAAAAAUCAUGGAUGGAGCAGACAAGGCAGUUAUUAAAUUUGGAGAAACCAAAUUCAGUAUCAGUGAACCUAAAGAACCUGGGCAGAUUGCAGUUGUAAAAAUUCCAGUACUGCGCCUGGGAGACACUUCAAGAGUUUCCAUUGUACGAGUCCACACAAAAGAUGGUUCUGCUAUCUCUGGAGAAGACUACAAUCCCUUGUCUGAAGAAAUUGAAUUUAAAGAAGGAGAAACUCAGCACUUUGUAGAAAUUGAAGUACUUUACGAUGGAAUGAGAGAAAUGCGGGAGGCUUUCACCAUUCAUCUGAAACCUGAUGAGAACAUGGUGGCAGAAACUCAGAUAAGUAAAGCAAUAGUAUACAUCGAGGAGAUGAACAGCAUGGCUGAUGUCACAUUCCCAUCUGUCCCGCAAGUUGUCUCACUGCUAAUAUAUGAUGACACAUCCAGAGCAAAGGAAAACCCCAGCCCUCCAGCAGGCUAUCCUGUUGUCUGCGUUACAGCUUGCAAUCCUAAGUAUUCUGACUAUGACAAAACAGGAUCAAUAUGUUCCAGUGAGAACAUCAAUGAUACCCUUACUCGCUACCGUUGGCUAGUGAGUGCCCCAACUGGUCCAGAUGGAGUGACAAGCCCUAUGAGAGAAGUGGACUCAAAUACCUUCUUCACCUCAUCCAAGAUGAUUACUCUAGACUCUAUCUACUUCCAAGCUGGCUCUCGGGUGCAAUGUGCUGCUCGAGCUGUUAAUUCUAAUGGCGAUGAAGGGCUUGAAUUAACAAGUCCUAUCACAUCAGUCAGCACUGAGGAAGGUCUGUGCCAGCCGAGAGUGCAAGGAGCAGUUGGCGCUGAACCAUUCUCUGCUAAGCUGCGUUACACAGGAACUGAUGAUCCAGACCAUCCCAACCUUAUUAAAUUGACUGUAACAAUGCCUCACAUUGAUGGUAUGCUCCCUGUUAUCUCCACACGUCAGCUCUCUAACUUUGAGCUAACUCUCAGCCCUGACGGGACCCGUGUUGGAAACCACAAGUGUUCUAACCUCCUAGACUACAAUGAAGUAAAGACUCAUUAUGGCUUUUUAUCAGACUCCACUAAAAAUCCAGAAGUGAUUGGAGAGACCUCUCCUUACCAGUACAGCUCCUCUCUACGUGGGCCUUCCACACUCAGGUUUUACCGAAACCUCAACCUUGAAGCCUGCCUCUGGCAGUUUGAGAGUUUCUAUGAUAUGUCUGAGCUUCUCACAGACUGCGGUGGCACUAUUGGCACUGAUGGACAGGUUUUGAACCUUGUGCAGUCUUACGUAACUCUGCGAGUCCCUCUAUACGUCUCCUAUGUCUUCCAUUCCCCAGUGGGUGUUGGAGGCUGGCAGCACUUUGACCUGCAGUCUGAGCUUCGCUUGACUUUCGUGUACGACACUGCCAUCUUGUGGAGAGAUGGAAUUGGCAGCCCACCAGAGGCUGAAUUGCAGGGUGCCCUUUACCCUACCAGCAUGAGGAUCAACAAUGAAGGUCGUCUGGUUGUGAACUUCCGUACUGAGGCACGAUUUCGGGGGCUCUUUGUCAUGUUGCACCCUGCAUCUCCUCUCAGUUCCAUGGUUAUGUCCGCUGAUCAUCCAGGAUUAACCUUUACUCUCAGCUUAGUGCGGAGUGAACCAACGUACAAUCAUCCUGAGCAGCAGUGGAGUUUCACUUCCGAUUUUGCUGUCCGUGACUAUUCAGGUACAUACACUGUAAAAUUGAUUCCUUGUGCCUCUGCCCCAAACCAGGAGUAUACCAUACCAAUUGUGUGCAAUCCAAGGGAGCCGAUAACCUUUGAUCUUGACAUCAGGUUUCAACAGGUGAGUGACCCAGUAGCUGCCGAGUUCAGCCUGAACACUCAAAUGUUCCUACUCAAUAAGAAGAGUCUCUGGCUCUCUGACGGCUCCAUGGGAUUUGGAGAAGGCAGUGAUGUUGCUUUUACAGAAGGAUCAGUUGUCUAUGGGCGUGUGAUGGUUGAUCCUGUGCAGAAUCUGGGGGACUCAUUCAUUUGUAAUAUUGAGAAGGUGUUUCUGUGUACUGGGGCUGAUGGAUAUGUUCCCAAGUACAAUCCGUUAAAUGCUGAAUAUGGCUGUCUGGCCGAUUCACCUUCUCUCUUGUACAGGUUCAAAAUCCUGGAUAAGGCUCAACCUGAGACACAGGACCCAUACUUUGGAAAUGUAGCAUUCAAUGCUAGACUUGCACUUGACGAUGCUGAAGCACUUGCACUUGCCACACAGCCUGGUUCUGAUGGCUUCCAUGUGGAUUCCUCUCCACUCUUCCAGGUUGCAGCCGGACGAGAGUGGUAUAUUCAUACCAUUUACACUGUGCGGUCUAGGGAUAGUGCUACCAGAGGUAUUGGAAAAAGAAGUGUGGAAUAUCAUAUUCUUUCACAUUCUGAAAACUUGAGCUCAGAUUCACGUCAGCGGCGAUCAGUUAAAGAAGCUCCAUCACUUGCUGAGAAUAUUGGCAUUGAGAAAAACAGAGGAACCAACAUCCAGCAUAUUGCUUUGGACCGGAGCAAUAGAAAGCAGGUUAUUGAGGAAGCAAUCUUCCCUGAAGGAGCUGUUGCUAAGUCACCAAAUGAUGGGGGUGACAAAGAUGGCAAUGUUCCCAUUAUUGGAGGAAUUGCUGCCUUGUUAUUAGCUAUUUGUGUCAUUAUUAUCAUCAUUCUCAUGUUGAAAUGGAGAAAGCAAUCAGAUAAGAAGGCAGAAUACAAGAAAUCAUCCUGUGACAAGAUCAUGACUGCACAAAAUUAUCACGACGACAGUUCUGAGGUUUGAUCACCUCACAGCUAGAGUUCAGCCAACCCCAAAGUGCCUCAGAGGACUUGAACUGUGCCUUAUUACAAAGACCAGAACUUUAUUUAUCCAAUUAAUGUUGACACAUGACUCCAGCUGUUGAAACUUGAAUGUUUGGCUUUGGAACCCAUGCACAUUGCGUUCACUGAAACUUGAUUAUGGGUCUCAAGUAUCAUCUUUUGCACAGAAUUCAGCAAGUGACCUGAAAUGCACUGCGCACCAGGAGGCACAGUAUGAACUGCAUCACAGGCGGGGAGUGGGAGGGGAAUCUAUUACUUUUUUAAGAUACCAUUUUCCCAAGUCAGGAUUAAAAGACAAAGGUGCUAAAUCGUCCUCCUGCUGAAAGGAGAUUUAUUAACUUGUGUAGAUGAUGUAAAAACUGGCAGUGCAGUAGAUAGAAGACUCAAUAAAUCACUUUUUUUAUUCUCUUUUUUAGUCCACAAAUGAAUUAGUGACCAUUUUGUAUAAGAAUCUUGCAGCUAGAUGCAUGUCUGGAAGACUCACCAAUCAUGAAGUACCUGGAUUGUCCAACUUACACCAUUUAGUUCAAAAAGAAUCAAAUACAGAGAAAAGUAACUUAUUUUGAUGCACUCACUGGAUAAAACAUUAAAUUUUAACUAUUUGGUCCAACUGAGAAGAUUGAGGUGCUUUGAUUUCAUGCCAGUAGUCUGUAAGUUAUUCACCUGGUGCUUUCAUGUUGUGUAUUCUUGUUUUGAGUUUCUUGUACAGGCUCUGUCUAUUCAGAUUAUAUUUUGUUUGUUUUGCUUUGGCCUGCAGCAAGUAUAUUUACCAUCAUCAGUUUACAACUUGUACCUCGUGCUGCAUGCAAGGAUGGCACAUGGUGGGUGUAAAAUGUCUAAAAGGCCAGUUUAACAGGGUACAUAAUGUCUUUGAUGACACAAGGAUAUGAACGCCUUAAGUUUAAAAUAAAAGCAACACAUCACAUUUUUGUUUUAGGAUGUGAAAUAAACUUGCCUUAGGCUUUCUCCCAGAGUUUCCUCCUGAUCUACAGAAUAGGUUUCGAGCUGGGAUCUGGUAAUCUCUGCACUGAAUAACAAGGCCUAAUAAUCAGCUUUGUUAUCAUGUGCAACCUUGACCAAUGUGGUCACUAUGCCCAUUUGGCACAACAAUACCAUACUGUCAUAGGAUUUUUAUAAAAAAGCCACGGUGAAUCCAUUAUGCUCUGAUGUUCAAACAUAAUUCUAUCAUGUCUUCCCAAGUAUGUGCCAUCACUAUAUAAUUACCAGGGAUUUACCUUUUAAUUAUAAAAUGCACAAUAAUCUAUCCAUACACAAACCCCUUUACAAUAUUGAAUGAAGUUUUUUUUUAAUUCUGCGUGAAUAUAAUGUUAAAGUCUCACACAUGAACUGUCAUAUUCUAUUAAGAUCCUAUCAACAACACUGACAGCUUGGCUCUGUGUCUCUCUGCAGGGUAAACUAUUAUUUUAAUGUAGAUUGUGUAUCAGCAUAUUAGACAAAUUUUGCUAUGAAAAUGCUUUAAAGUGCUCAGAUAAUUAUAAUUGCGGCUCCAUGGCCUCUUUGUGCAUAAACUACAGAAACACUAAAAUAAUUCACUGCUCAUUCAAAGAGAUUUCUAGUUUCUGUCUUAUGAUGCACCAUCAGUUCUUUCUAGUUCUUUUUUUAAAAUAAUGUGUAUGUAUUGUAGUUCUUUGUGUACUAUAUCAAACUAUUUGGAAUGGGCAAACUAUGCAAUCUACAGCAAAAGCUUUAAACAAAUGUAUUGUAGUAGUAUAAGUAGAUAAAUUGGUUGUUAAAAUGUCAACUUGUUAAAAUUCCAGCAUCUCUCAUCCAUUUUGUUUGGAACCAUUUUUGUAUUCCAUUGUGAGAUACUGGUAACCAAAGCAAGAUUAGUGGAUAAUAAUUUUCUGGGGAGUACCAGUAUUGAUUUCACUGGCUGCCUACUGUAAGUAUUUGUAACAUGCAAAGGAAUAACAUUUGUAAAAAUCACAUAGAAAUAAUGUGAAAGUUGCAUUUAAAUACCAUGUCAUUUUAACCCUUCAUUUGUUUAUUUUUUAGUAAUGCUCAUAUUGCAAACAAAUAAAAUAUUUG